AUGAAUGGAGUUGUAGAAGCCACCAACAAGAAUAUCAAGAAGAUUUUGAGGAAAAUGAUCGACAAUCACAGAGGCUGGCAUGAUAUGCUGUCGUAUGCUUUGUUGGGAUACAGAACGAUUGUCAGAACAUCAAUUGGAGCAACUCCAUACUUAUUAGUAUAUGGAACAGAAACAGUUAUACCUGCCGAAGUUGAAAUGCCUUUAUUGAGAAUCAUCCAAGAAGUUGAAUUGAGUGAUGUUGACUGGGUUCGAAAGCGGAUUGAUCAAUUAACAUUGAUUGCUGAGAAGAGAAUGGUUGUUGUUUGUCAUGGUCAACUGUAUCGACAAAGAAUGAUUUGUGCUUUCCACAAGAAAGUAAGAGCCAAAUUAUUCAAAAUUGGCCAGUUGGUCCUUAAACACAUUUUCCUUCAUCAAGAUGAGUACAAAGGGAAAUUCGCACAAAAUUGGCAAGGACCCUACAUGGUUCGUAAAGUGUUAUCCGGAGGUGUCUUGGUCAUGUCAGAGAUAGAUAGCACUGAAUGA